AAUAAGGUUCUAACAACAGGCAGCACUGGUCACUGGUUAACUUGACGAAUUUUACUGCCUUCAGAAGACUCUAUUUUCAAAAUGGCAGCUAUAAAAAGAUUGCAAAAGGAAUUAGGCGAUCUGAGAGCCUCUGCUAUGAAAAAUUUUACAAUUCAAGUAGAUGAAUCAAAUAUUCUUACUUGGCAAGGACUUAUAUUGCCGGACAAUGCUCCUUACAAUAAGGGAGCAUUUCGCAUCGAAAUUAAUUUUCCUGCAGAGUAUCCUUUUAAACCACCAAGGAUAAAUUUUAAAACAAAGAUUUAUCAUCCAAAUGUAGAUGAAAAAGGACAAGUAUGUUUACCGAUUAUAAGCGCUGAAAAUUGGAAGCCAGCAACAAAAACAGAUCAGGUAAUACAAGCUUUAAUAGCUUUAGUAAAUGAUCCAGAGCCAGAACAUCCCUUAAGAGCAGAUUUAGCUGAAGAAUUUCUUAAAGAUAGAAAGAAAUUUUUAAAAAAUGCAGAAGAUUUUACAAAAAAACAUGCAGAAAAAAGGCGAGAAUCAUCAUCCUCAAACGAAUAAUCCCAAAUGGUAGGCCUUUCUCACCACGAUGCCUGCCACCUCAGUUAAUUCAUUGCGAGUCGAUUUAUGCCGGUCUGUCAUAUGUGGAAUCGAGAAUGCCCGUGUACAGUAUUGGUUGAUAAGGAGGAUAUGAAUAUAUGCAAUUGUAAUGUUUAAUAAGGUGGAAAGAACUUUUCAGAGUAAAGUAAAUUAUAAUAAAAUAACUGUAUGAUAUUGUAAACAAGUCUUAUAUCGUAUUUUAAUUCUUAAGUUUGGGUAGAUUAUCAUCAUAAUUACACGCAAAUUAAUUUCAAAGAAUUUAAAAAUAUCAACUCUAUCAUAUAUUACAUUUCUCAAAUUUUUAUAGCAUGUAUUGAAAUGUCGUAUACUAUAUAUCGAAGACUUAUGGAAAUUGAAAAAAAAAAAGAGAACAAAUAUUUUGAUGAAAUAUCAAUUAUUGACAAAUUUAAAAGUAAUUAUAAAAGAAGAGGGCAAGCACAUGCUUUCCUCAUUUCUAACAAGAUUUUUUGUUUAUAUACCUUACGUUCCUAUUUAUUUUCAUAAUUAUAUAUAUGUGUAGCAUUUGGAAUAGUAUAAUUAAUUUACUUUAUUCAACAUUGAUAAGCUUGUAUAAGGCAGACUUAAGUAAUAUCAUUGUUUGCAAUUAUUCAACGUUAUUUGUUAUAUCAGUGUUUCUCAAAUAGUAAAACUUUGAGGGUGCGCCAUACGAGAGUUCAAACAAAAAAGAAGAAAAAUCUCUUCAAUACAAUUCUGAAGUUCUGAAGUAUGGGUCAAUUAAUCUAAGACAUUUUGUAUCGAAUUUAUAAAUACCAAAUUUUAUGUGUA